ACAUGGCUUCACACACAAGCAAGGCACUUCUGUGCCUAGGUCGAAUAAAUGUUCGUGGUCUCGGACUUCACAAAUCAAUAAGCAGGGUCACGUACGCGACGGCUUUGUCCACAAAUUCUUCUGCUGGAAAUACAGGCCCUCCUAAUAAAGGCGGUAGAGGAACCUUCACCAAAAAAGCCAGGAGAGAGGUAGGGGAGCCCAGGACAGAAAAGAUGCCGGUGGAUCAGGACUGGACUGCAGUUUAUCCAGCAGCAGCACCCUUUAAACCGAAUGCUGUCCCCCUACCUGUGAGGAUGGGCUACCCUGUGAAGGGAGGCGUUCCUCCAGAGAAGCAAGGCAACCUGGAGUUGAUCAAGAUACCAAACUUUCUGCAUUUGACACCAGCAGCCAUAAAGAAACACUGUGAAGCUCUGAAACCAUUCUGUACAGAGUGGCCGUCUGUCUUGAACACUGAUGCCAAAUGUGAUGAGCACUUCCCUCUUAAAGUAACAAGCACCGACUAUGUGUCUGCUGGCCCGUCUGUCAGAAACCCUUCAGCUCGUGUUGUUCAUCUAAAAGUAAAGCUGUCCAGUUUGAAUCUGGAUGACCAUGCACGCAAGAAAAUGCUGAAACUUGUUGGGGACAGAUACUGCAAAAAAACUGAUGUCCUCACCAUCAAAACUGAAAGCUGCCCACUGAGACGACAGAAUUACGACUAUGCCAUGUACCUGUUGACCGUCCUUUACCACGAGUCUUGGAAAACAGAAGCCUGGGAGGCGGAGAAGACUGUGGCAGACAUGGAGGAAUAUAGCUGGGAGGACAGCCCGUCCCAAAAGAAUAUCUUGGAUAUGCUAGUGCGCAUGAAAACGGCCGGGGAAGGAGAAGACGAGGAAGUGCGAGAGCAGCUGCUGGGAAGAAGUGAGGUGCAGGAGUAUAAGGACUCAGUCACAAGGCUGAAGAACGAAGGAGAGAACGAGAGCACCAUGCUUCAGUACAAGGAGGCUGUCAAGAAAGUACUCAACCUGUGAUCCGGCUUAAUGUAAAAAUGUAUUUACAUGAAGACAGUGACCAAGAGCAACAGGGGCCUGUAAUGGGAUCUACAUAAACGGACUCCGUCUACAUACCAGUAACACAAACGAGAUCAGUGUAGAUAAUUACAGCCUCAUGAGUCCCAACUAAUGUAUUUAUUUUCUAAAAUAGAUCUGCUGUCAUAUCAGGUGUGUGAUCUUUCUUCUUGUCUAAUACAGAAAUAAAAGUCUGAUGUAUUCUAUUGUCAA